CUCAUAUCUCACGCUGCUAGGUCAUCCACGGAUCCAACCGGUCCCACGCCUGACAGUCUCCGGCGGCGGCCGGCGGCAGAGGGAGCGGCGGAGCGGGCAGCGCCCGUCGAGGUCGCGAGCUGCCAGUGAGGGGCGACCGGGCGAGGCUGCGCAUGCGGCUUCCAGGAGCGCCGGGGCGGCGGCCAGGCGUCUAGGGAGCGAAUAACUUCUGUAACGUCAAAUAGCCAUCCAGCAAAUUUUGGCCAUCAGGAUUCAGACAACCAGACCCCUGUCUUCCCUGUCAAAGCAGUCAAGAGUCUGCAUAGGAACUGGAGAUGGUGCAACCUGAGCCAAUGGCGAAGCGCAGCAUGGCAUGUAGCCAGGGUGUAGGUGGCGCUGUGGACCGGCUUAGCGCGCUGCCGAUUGAGCUCAUCCACACCGUGUUGUCAUUCCUCCCAGCCCCGGAAGUUGUGCGGACAUGUCUUCUGUCACAGCAGUGGAGAAGUCUUUGGCGCUCUGCGCCCUGCAUCGACCUCGAUGAUGAGGACUUUGGGAUCUCCAUGAUGACCAUCCAUGAUGGUACCUUGGAGGAGAAGUGGGCCAAGUUUGAGGAUUUCGCCACCAACCUGCUGCUGUUCCAUGAUAAUACCUCGUCCUUGGGAGAAUUCCGGCUUUCAUCUAGCAUCUAUAACCAGCAUCAUAUUGACCGAUGGAUUCGCCGUGGCAUCGAGUACUGCCCUUCUGUGCUCAAAAUUCAGAUACAGGUAUAUCCUCGCUUCAAGUUGCCACCAAUAGUGGGCUCAAAUUUUUGUCAUCUUAAGACACUGUAUCUUCAAAAUGUGGAUUUGGGUAGCCAUUUUGCGGGCCUGUUCUGUUCGGCAUGCCCUGUCCUGGAAGAUUUGGAGCUUGAUAACUGCGAGUUUUCUGGCAACCCUUCUCAAGGCAUUACAUCAUCCUCACUGAAAAAUUUGGUAUUAGAAUUUUGUGAGUACAACACAGAUUAUCCGUUGGUGAUCACAGUUCCUAGCCUCGCAAAUCUGCGUCUCAUGUUUGGAUGCUACGAAUAUGGUAUUUCUUUAUGCAAGAUGGAUUCCCUUAUCAAGGCAGAGAUUUAUGUUGCAGAAUACGAAACAACGUUGCCUCAGCAUUCCCAGCGUGAGCUUCUUUGUAGCCUCUACAAUGUGACAUGCUUAAAAUUGGUGGGUUUUGAAGUGGAGGAAAUACUGAAUGAGGAGUCUGAUAAAUUCCCAAAAUUUCAUAAUAUGCGAACCUUGAACCUUCAUAGCUGUUUUCAUGAUGAUUAUGAACUGUACAAAAAAUUAGAGGUUUUGGGGAGCUUUCUUUGUAGUGCGCCUUGUUUGGAGAAACUUAUUUUGAAGUAUUGCAUGUUCUCUCCGUCUUCUGAUUCAGAGUGGGAGAUAGGAAAGAAAAAUAUCACUCUGCGUUGCCAGGAUGGAAAGACAUUCCAGUGUCCAAAGCUGAAGUUGAUUGAAGUCAUCUACAAUCACGACAAUAAUCACCAACUAAUUGAACUUUUGUGGAGCCUCGGGAGGAGCCUACCAGACGCCAGGAUUGAACUUAAGAAAAUCGAGUUGUUUCUUGGCUAGUACAUUUCUUUGUGCAAUCUUCCGUGAGGCAUUUGUCUUUGCACAUUUCUUAGCAUAUUGAGUGGACGUGUAUGUGCGCUGUGUGGGCAUGAGUUGGGCACAUGUGUUCCAUUAUGUAUUGAACUUGCGUGAUGUAGGAUAUGUUUAUUCAGAUAUGAGUGUUUUGAUUUAAAAUGAAUUUACAUUUAUGGUUCCUGGUUGGAUUCAA